AUGGCCCUGGUGAUGAAUCUGCAGCUGCUGACUCUCUGGCUGGUGUGUCACGCAGACAUCACUCCAACUGUCCCCCCAGCCUCAUACCCCAAGCCGUGGCUGGGGGCUCAGCCAGCUGCAGUUGUGACCCCCGGGGUCAACGUCACUUUGAGGUGCCGGGCACCCCAGCCCACCUGGAGGUUUGCACUCUUGAAGUCUGGAGAGGUUGCUCCUGUGCUUUACCGGGAUGUAUCUGCGGCGCUGGCGGAGUUCUUCCUGGAGGAGGUGACCCCAGACCAGGGGGGCAAUUACCGCUGCUGCUACCAGAGGCUAGACUGGGGACCAGGUGUCUGGUCCCACCCCAGUGAUGCCCUGGAACUGCUGGUGACAGACAAGCUGCCGCGCCCGUCGCUGGUGGCGCUGCCCGGGCCGGUGGUGGCGCCCGGGGCCAACGUGAGCCUGCGCUGCGCCGGCCGCCUGGGGGGCAUGAGCUUCGCGCUGUACCGCGAGGGCGUGGCGGCCCCGCUGCAGUACCGCGACUCGGCGCAGCCCUGGGCGGACUUCCCGCUGCUCGGCGCCCGCGCGCCCGGCACGUACAGCUGCUACUACCACACGCCCUCCGCCCCCUACGUGCUGUCCCAGCGCAGCGAGCCGCUGGUCAUCAGCGCGGCCGGCUCGGGCUCCUUGGACUACACCCAGGGCAACCUCGUCCGCCUGGGGCUGGCGGGCCUGGUCCUCAUGUCUCUGGGCACGCUGGUCGUUUUCGACCGGCGCAGCCAGAAUCGCGCCCCUGGUUAUCAUCUGGGCCUGAGCCUCAGAGGACAGAGAAGACUUCCCAGAGAGGAUGCGCCGUGGGAAGGGCGCCGCCAGCCCCACCUGCUGUGCCCCCCGCCCCCCCCAUGCCACCUGCUCGCCCCUCCGAGCCCAGGCCCGACAGAGGCGACGGGGCGCACCUCGAGGGCGCGCGCGGCCGCUUCCGACGGCGGGGCUCGAGAUCAUCCUCCCCCGGGAACGGCCGCUCAUCUAGCGAUUCCGGUUGUCACCGGGGAGCUCGCGGCGGAUACUCACCCGUUGGAGAUACUGUUCUUCCUCACCAUGAUGCGAGAGGUGUGA